GAUGAUGGAGCCCCAGGAGUACCGAGAGAGAGGGAAGCAGAUGGUGGACUACAUAUGCCAGUACCUGAGCACCGUGCGGGAGCGCCGGGUCACCCCGGACGUGCAGCCUGGCUACUUGCGAGCCCAGAUGCCUGAGAGCGCACCUGAGGAGCCUGACAGCUGGGACAGCAUCUUUGGGGACAUAGAGCGAAUCAUUAUGCCUGGGGUGGUCCACUGGCAGAGCCCACACAUGCACGCCUACUUCCCAGCUCUCAACUCUUGGCCUUCGCUGUUGGGGGAUAUGCUGGCGGAUGCCAUCAACUGCUUGGGGUUCACUUGGGCUUCCAGCCCUGCGUGCACGGAGCUGGAGAUGAACGUCAUGGACUGGCUGGCCAAAAUGCUGGGGCUCCCCGAGCACUUCCUGCACCACCACCCCGGCAGCCAGGGGGGCGGCGUGCUACAGAGCACGGUCAGCGAGUCCACCUUGAUUGCCUUGCUGGCAGCAAGGAAGAACAAAAUCCUGCAAAUGAAAACCUCAGAGCCUGGUGCGGACGAGUCCUCCCUGAAUGGCCGGCUUGUUGCCUAUACCUCCGACCAGGCUCACUCCUCCGUGGAAAAGGCUGGAUUGAUUUCGCUUGUGAAGAUGAGGUUUCUGCCUGUGGAUGACAACUUCUCACUCCGAGGAGAGACUCUGCAGAGGGCCAUAGAGGAAGACAGGGAGAGAGGCUUGGUGCCCGUCUUUGUCUGUGCCACACUUGGCACCACCGGGGUCUGUGCGUUUGACUGCCUGGCAGAGCUGGGCCCUAUUUGUGCCCGCGAGGGGCUGUGGCUCCACACGGAUGCUGCCUACGCGGGCUCAGCCUUCCUGUGCCCCGAGUUUCGGGGCUUUCUGGAGGGCAUCGAGUACGCGGACUCCUUCGCCUUCAAUCCUUCCAAGUGGAUGAUGGUGCAUUUCGACUGCACCGGCUUCUGGGUCAAGGACAAGUACAAGCUGCAGCAGACCUUCAGCGUGAACCCCGUCUACCUCAGGCACGCCAACUCGGGCGUGGCCACCGACUUCAUGCACUGGCAGAUCCCCCUGAGCCGGCGCUUCCGCUCCAUAAAGCUCUGGUUCGUGAUUCGCUCCUUCGGGGUGAAGAAUCUGCAGGCGCACAUCAGACAUGGCACUGAAAUGGCUCAAUACUUCGAAUCUCUAGUCAGAAAUGAACCUUUCUUUGAAAUUCCUGCCCAGAGGCACCUUGGCCUGGUGGUUUUUCGUCUAAAGGGUCCCAAUUGUCUCACAGACCGUGUGUUAAAGGAGAUAAACAAAACUGGCCGCCUCUUCCUCAUCCCAGCCACCAUUCAGGACAAGCUUAUCAUCCGUUUCACUGUGACCUCCCAGUUCACUACCAGGGAUGACAUCCUGAGGGACUGGAAUCUCAUUCGUGAUGCUGCCUCACUCAUCCUGAGCCAGCAUUGUACCUCUCAGCCGAGCCCUCAGGGUGGGAACCUCAUCCCCCAAACCUGGGGCCCCCAAGCUCUGGCCGAUGGAACGCCCCUUCAGUCUGUCAGUGGGGCAGGGGAUGUCCCAGCUGAGGCCGGGAAGAUCAGCCAGCAGCCUCAGCGUGUGGGAAUGGGGCCCAUGAGGAGGGAAGGUGUUGGCCGUCUUGAAAGCCUGCUGGACCCCCUGGACGACUGCUUUUAUGAAGAGGCUCCAGAUGUGGCCAAGCACAAGCUGUCCUCCUUCCUGUUUAGUUAUGUAUCUGUGCAGAACAAGAAGAAGACGGUGCGCUCCCUCAGCUGCAACAGCGUGCCCGUGAGCGCCCAGAGGCUGCUCUCCUCAGAGAGUGCUGCCAAGAACGGGGGUUCCUCCCGGCUCUGCCUCUUCUCUCGCUUUCCCGAAGAGAUGAUGAUGCUGAAGAAAAGUGCCUUCAAAAAACUAAUCAAGUUCUACAGCGUCCCCAGCUUUCCGGAAUGCAGUUCCCAGUGUGGCCUCCAGCUGCCCUGCUGUCCCCUGCAGGCCCUGGUUUAGAGCAGAGCCCUCGGCUCCGCCUGGCUGCCUCUCACUGCCUGUUGCUGAAUUUGUG